GAGGAAAUUUUUAGUUACGACAAAUUCCAAAUCCGCAGUUUACAAGAAGUGAAGAAACUUUAAGUUGGAGUUUCAUUAUUCUUCUUACUCGUCUGUCAGAUCUGAAUUGCUUCUGCGAUUAACCAGAAUGGAUGCUUUGAGGAGACAGGCCAGUAAGUUCAAAGAACAAGUUGCCAAGCAACAACAGGCUGUAAUAAAGCAACUUGGUGGGACGGGUUAUGAAAGCUCAGAUGUAAUGGUUAUUGAUGAGGCUGAGUUCCAUAGACAUCAACAGCUGGACAAACUGUACAAGUCCACUCGUAGAGCAAGGGAAUUCCAGAGGGAGCUUGUUAAAGCUGGAGAAACAUUUGCAGCCAUAGGGUAUAGGCAUAUUGAAGCAGGAACCAAGUUGUCUGAGGAUUGCUGCAAAUAUGGAGCAGAGAACAAUCAGAACAUCAAUGAAAACGUUCUCGCUAAGGCUGCAGCCAUAUAUGGUGAUGCUCGCAAGCAUGUAGAAAAAGAGCAAGAAGACUUUAACAGACUACUGUCUUCACAGUUUUUGGAUCCCUUGAGAGCAAUGACAACUAGUACUCCUUUGGAAGAUGCUCGUCAUCUUGCACAACGUUAUGCACGGAUGAGACAGGAAGCAGAGUUACAGGCAUCAGAGAUAUCUAGAAGACAAAUACGAGUAAAGGAGGCUCCAAUUCCUGAAAACGUUGCAAAGUUGCAUGCGGCCGAAUUGAAGAUGCAGGAACUGAAAGCAAACAUGGCAGUUCUGGGUAAAGAAGCUGCUGCUGCCCUUUCUGCUAUUGAAGCACAGCAGCAAAGACUGACUUUUCAGAGGCUUGUAGGAAUGGUUGAAGGAGAAAAAAAUUACCAUUUACGAAUUGCUGCUAUUCUUGGAGAUGUUGAGGCUGAGAUGGUAUCAGAGAAACAGCGUAAAGAGUCUGCUCCUCCUGUGAUUCCAUCAGAGACCUCCUCAGAGAAAACAGUGUACUUCUUGGCAGAAGCAAUGCAUCCUUUCACUGCUGCAUCUGAGAAGGAACUGAGCUUGACAGUAGGGGACUAUGUUGUUGUUCGAAAGGUGAGUGCGUCUGGAUGGUCAGAAGGAGAAUGUAAAGGUGUAGCGGGGUGGUUUCCAACAGCAUAUGUGGAGAAGCGUCAGAGACUUCCCACUGAAGCUUACUAGUUUGUACUCGAGUGUUCAUCUGAAAAUCUGAUUUGAGUUUGAGUCUUUUUGUCUUUUGAAUUAUGUAAUUAAAUGAAUCUUAUUUUCUAGGAAUUGUGCCAUUUGUUGUCUUACAAAAUUUUCAUUGUCAUGCCUCUAUUUCAAGGACACACUAUUUAUCA